UUGCGCGGCGGUUUCACGUGACGUCAUCACGCAUCAUUUCUAAACAAUGCUCAGGAAAAAGCCACGUUGACGAUACAGACUGAAGCGUAGUGGACAGUUUUUGAGGCAGAAUAAAGCAGAGAUUCGUUUUGUUUGAACGGUUCGGUCCCUGCCGGCAGCAGACCGCACAUCGGAGCAGGCAUGUCGUCGCCUCCAAAGGAGAAGGUGGAAACCAAAGGCGGACAUCUCCCUGCAGUGAAAGCAGGGGGAAUGAGGAUAGUGCAGAAACAUCAGCCGACUCCUGCGCCAGAGCCGCCUCAGAAAGACGACGACGAGGAGGAGUACGUCAGCAGCAGCCCUCCGAAGGCCCCGGUGAUUGUUUCCGGAGUGGUCACAAAGGGCGAUAAAGACUUCACGCCCGCAGCGGCUCAGGUGGCCCACCAGAAGCCCCAGCCUGGUGUCCCCAAGCUGCCCCCCGCGCAGCACAUCAACCAGCACAUCCACCAGCCCCGCAAGUGAGCGGGACCAGCAGGGCUCCAGCGGCUCUGCUUUUACUCCACCAGCCAGCCUUCCCAAUGGAACACGUAGGAUGAAGAUGGUUCCCAACCGGGUGCACAAACCUCUGCUAAAUGAUACCAGUAAUUUUUUUGUUUUGUUUUUGUUUCGUUUUAAUUUGCUUCUUGCUUUACAUAUCGAGAAAUAUUUCAGCAGCUGAUGCCACAUGUCAGUGCAAGUAUCGUAGAAGUCCUGCUUGUACCCUGCUGCGUCGGUGCUGCACUACUGUUUCUGCACUUUCAUGACCUGACCUCUCCUUCGCAGGGAUUGUUCAAUCGCUCAUCAGUCUUAACUUGAAAUAAACCGAGCUCUUCUAGCAGCAGUGGGAGGGGAGGGUAGGGGAGGGGGGGAAAAAAAACCUAAAUGAUCGUGGGUUUAGCUCUCUUUGAGCUAAAACGGCCAAUCACAACCGAGCAAAACCCAACAGGUCAGCGGAGCCUCGGCUCCAGGAUUUCCUCCAGUAGACCAUAUAGACCAAACAAAUGAAUGCAACACGUCACGUCGUCACAGUUUAACUGCAGAGCCAACCAGCGUAUCAAAGAUAAACAGAGAAAGUCAAACUAAUAACUGUAUAAUAGACAGUAUUAACCUAUCGGAGCAUGUGCAAGCAAUUUAAGCGCAUUAUGUUUGUUCCUGUGUGCCAUUUUAAUGCAAGAAAUCAUAGAAAGUGUAGUAGAUCGCAAAUUUGAGCAAGAACUUAAAAUCAACAUUGAUGCUAUGUACUGCUUCUUUGUUUAAAGAAAAAAAGCAUAAUAUCUCUGAUAUCUUAGCAUUUGUAGCUGUUGGACCAUCACAAAGCCCAUUAGGCUUAUUCCCAUUUAAUUAUUUCUUACUAUUCCUUUAUAAACGAGUUUCAACGUCUGUGUUAAAUGACGUCUAUUUAAUCCAUGGUGCAGCGGAAAUGAUGCCAAAAAACCUGAAGAAAACUUCAGCUUCUGGGAAACAACUGAAGGAUGCUUUGUGUUUGGUCUAAACAACAAAUAAGCCGUUUAUUGAAUACAGAGAUGGACUAUCAGGUUAGGGUGAUAAUGUGCUAACAUUAGGAUAAUUACACAACAUUCCACGCGUCAGUUUGCUAAGAGAAUUUGUUUGGGCUUCAGCAUAGGGAUUUAUUUGCAUAUCAGCAACAGAAACCCCAUAAUUCAUAUUUAAAAAAUAAAACCAAAUCACUGCAUUUUUUUUUAAAUUGCUCAUCUUCUUACAAUUCAAAUCAGUUGAUGCAACACUAAUUUUCAGGUUUUCAGGAGACAAAAAAAAAUUUAUCUUAUGAAGAAAUCAUUAUCUGUGUUCAUGUAAUUAAAUUGAAAAGGUUUCAGUUUUGUUCUGUGCUUCUUUUUUUUUUAAGUGAAUCACUUUAAAUGUUAAAAUCUUGAGUCAUUGAAGUGGACUUGGGUGUUAGGUGUGGUUGUCGUAGUAAAUAAAGGUUUGGAAUAUCUUGAACGA